AGUUAUAAUCUUUCAAGAAUAAAGUCGUCAUCUUUCGGAGAAUAAAGUCGUCAUCUUUCGAGAAUAAAGCCGUCGUCUUUUCGAGAAUAAAGUUGUAAUUUUUCCCUGAGCAAGGUGCUGGUUGUAAAUCAAUAGUUCCUCCAGGAUAAUAAAGACUUGAACCUUGAACACCCGUGGUGACGUCUGCUGACUCAGAGUAAACAACCACCUAUGAAGUGACAGCAGCAGGCUCCGCCCCCUCACCUGACUCAUCUGACAUGAACCAGGAAACAGUCAGUGGUCGUCGGUGAGUGAAGAGACGCAGACUGAAGAUCAGACGACAGCAUCGACGUCCUCGGAGUCCAGCUACAGGAAAGAAGACACUGCUGCUUCGUCCACUUGUCCACACACUGAAGCUACUCUCACAGACAUAAUGGCCUCCAGAUUAGAGGAGGAUCUCUGCUGUCCGGUCUGUCAGGAGGUCUUCAGAGAUCCUGUGGUUCUGUCCUGUAGCCACAGCUUCUGUAAAGACUGUGUGAAGAGAUGGUGGAAGGACAGACCAACAACAGACUGUCCUAUUUGUAAGAGAAGGGCUUCAAUGGACCCACCGUGUAACCUGGUUUUAAAGAACACGUGUGAGACCUUCUUACAGGAGAGAGGUCAGAGGUCUUCAGAGGUUCUCUGUAGUCAGCACUAUGAGAAACUCAGACUCUUCUGUCUGGACCAUCAGCAGCCAGUGUGUCUCGUCUGCAGAGAUUCAGAAAAACACAGCGGCCACAAGAUCAGACCCAUCGAUGAAGCUGCACAACAACACAGGAAGCAACUUCAGGAAACUCUGGAGACCCUCAAGAAGAACUUAAAGAGUCUGGAAGAAGUUCAGGUGAAGUUUGAUCAAACGGCAGAUCACAUUAAAGUCCAGGCCCAACGCACAGAGACACGCAUGAAGGAGCAGUUUAAGAAGCUUCAUCAGUUUCUAGAAAAGGAAGAGGAGACCAGGAUGGCUGCUCUGAGGGAGGAAGAGGAGCGGAAGAGUCACAUGAUGAAGGAGAAGAUGGAGGCUCUGGGCAGAGAGAGAGAAGCUCUAUCACAUACAGUCAGAGCCACAGAGGACGAGCUGAGAGCUGAAGACAUUUCCUUCCUGCUCAGCUACAAGGCUGCAGUGGACAGAGUGCAGCGGCGCCCCCUGCUGGAGCCACAUCUACACUCUGGAGCUCUGAUAGAUGAGGCCAAACACCUGGGCAACCUGACCUUCAACAUCUGGAACAAGAUGAAGGACGUGGUCUCCUACAGUCCUGUGGUUCUGGACCCAAACACUGCUCAUCCAGAACUCGUCCUGUCUGAAGAUCUGACCAGUGUGAGACGAGGAUCCAGACAGAAGGUUCCUGACAAUCCAGAGAGGAUGGACCGUAACAUCAGUGUCCUGAGCUCUGAGGGUUUUAACUCAGGAACUCACAGCUGGGACGUCCAGGUUGGAGACAACAAAUUUUGGACAGUGGGAGUUUUAGAGUCUUCCCAGAGGAAAGGAAGAGACAAACGGUCUGGAUUAUGGGGGAUAGGUUUAUAUAAAGAUAAAUACCACACAGGGUCAUCAGGUGAAGUCUCUGUUCUUCAGCUGAAGAAGAAGAUCCAGAAGUUCAGAGUGACUCUGGACCGGGACAGAGGACAACUGUCCUUCUCUGAUCCGGAUACUAACACACUCAUACACAGACACACACACACUUUCACACACACCGUGUUUCCAUUCAUUAACACUGGAGAUGAUGACGCUGUUCCAGUGAAGGUUUGUGUGACAGAGGAACAGAGCAGUUAGAGACAAACAGCAGCUUUUUAUUUACUCUUUGUUUGUUCGUUAAAGGGACAGUGCAGAGAACUGAACCAGGUUCUCUUUGACGUGUCUGAUUCUUCUGCUUGUUUAUUUUUCACUCGUGUAAAACAUUUUCACUGUCACUGGGACCAUUACAGUUUUUAUUCAAAGUAGUAAAAGCAGUGAUUAGAGAUCAA